CGAGCCGGGCCGGGCCGAGCCGAGCGGGGGCGGCCGGGAAAGUGCGAGGGGGCGGGGACCGCCGCCCGGCGGUGGGGAGCGGGACGGGGCGCGGCGGCUGCAGUCAUCCCGGCGCGGCGGGCAGCGGAGCGGGAACAUGGCGAGCGUAGGAAACGGCACAGAGGAGAGCGGCGGCGGCGAGGAGGAAAACUUUGAAGAUGCCUUUGAAAACAUCCCUGUGGCAUCCAAGAUGGAUCUCAAGUGUGCUCUGGAAGAAUGUUCAAUGGCACUGAACUUAUUUCUGAAUAAUAAGUUCUCCGAAGCCCUGGAACUACUUCGUCCAUGGUCUAAAGAUAGUAUGUACCAUGCCCUUGGGUACAGCACUAUUUUAGUUAUGCAAGCUGCUAUGACCUUUGAACAGCAGGAUAUACAAAUGGGAAUUUCUACAAUGAAGGAAGCUUUGCAAACUUGCCAAAGAUUCAGGAAAAGAAGCACAGUGGUGGAAUCCUUGUCCAAUCUAGUUUCUAAACAGUCAGUGGAUCAGUUGAGUGAAGAGGAAAUGCAUGCUGAAAUCUGCUAUGCUGAAUGCUUACUACAGAAAGCAGCUCUCACCUUUGUACAGGAUGAAAACAUGAUCAACUUUAUCAAAGGUGGCCUCAAAAUUAGGACAAGUUACCAAAUAUACAAAGAAUGUCAUCAGGUGCUACAGAUGACUCAGGGGAACAAAAGCAAAAAUGAAACUUAUUGCCAGUUUGAAGGAGGAGUGAAACUUGGAAUUGGAGCGUUCAACUUGAUGCUGUCGCUUUUACCAGGAAGGAUCCUCCGACUGCUAGAAUUUAUUGGAUUUUCUGGCAAUAGGGAGUUGGGCCUCUGUCAGCUACGGGAAGGCGCAUCUGGCAGCAGUUUGAGGGCCAUUCUGUGUACUUUCACCCUGUUGGUUUAUCAUACUUACAUCUCCUUAAUCCUUGGUACAGGGGAAGCCAACCUUCAGGAAGCAGACAGUCUCCUCGAACCCUACCUCCAGAAAUUUCCAAAUGGUUCCAUUAUUCUGUUUUAUGCUGCUAGAAUAGAUAUACUGAAAGGAAAUUUUGAAAAGGCGCAGUUGAGGUUCCAAGAAUGCAUAGCAGCCCAACAAGAGUGGAAGCAGAUUCAUCAUCUCUGUUACUGGGAACUGAUGUGGUGCUACACUUUCCAGCAGGACUGGCUUCAAGCAUAUCGGUAUGCAGACCUGCUCAGCAAAGAGAGCAGGUGGUCUAAGGCAAUAUAUGUAUUCCAGAAGGCAGCAAUUCUGUGUAUGCUUCCAGAGGAUGAUUUGAAAAAGACUGGUGAGGACGUUGUGUCUUUAUUCAGACAAGUGGAUGGUCUAAAACAGAGAAUUGCAGGAAAAUCUAUCCCAACCGAGAAGUUUGCAGUAAGGAAAGCUCGACGCUAUGCAAGUUCUCAACCAGUGAAGCUGAUAUUACCUGCCUUGGAAAUGAUGUAUGUCUGGAAUGGCUUUGCAGUUGUGGGCAGAAGAGCAGACCUCACUGAAAAUUUACUGAUAACAAUUGAAAAAGAAGAAACUGCUCUACAAAAUGAAACCAAUCGCAAUGAAUACUAUAUGGAUGAUGCGUGCAUGUUGCAGUUACUGAAGGGCCUCUGCCUGAAACACUUGGGAAGACUCAUGCAAGCUGAACUGUGUUUCAGUAAAGUAAUUCAAAGUGAGAAACAAAUAAAAUACGAUAGUUAUUUGGUGCCGUUCACCCUGUAUGAGUUGGGUCUUCUGUACAAACAACAGAACGAGAGAGAAAAAGCAAUAAGAUACAUAGAAACUGCGAAAAACAACUACAAAGAAUACUCCAUGGAGUCCAGGUUGCACUUCAGAAUUCAUGCAGCACUUGACAGCUUGAAGGUGUCACCUGCUUCAACCCCUUGAAUGAGGAGGGAUGCUUUUCAUGCGUACAAUAGCCUACACAAUCUUUUUGCAAUCUUUUUUUAAUCAUGGAAAAGAAACAACCUAAUGAUUGUUUUCUGUCAUCUCUGAUUUGAUGUCAUUCCUUUAGACUGUUCUUUUCUGUAUAGUGCAUAUACUAUAUCUACUUGAUACUUUACAGAAGACCUUAUAUUUUGUUUGAUAAGAAUAAUUUAAUAUUUGACUUGAAUGGGGGAUAUUUAAAAAAAAAAGUUGAUGGUGCAAUAAAGUUUAAUGCAAACACUUUAUUUUUUUAUAUGAAAACAGAUGCUGGUUGUGCAGUGGAACUGGUGUUAAUUUCUGCUUUUUUUUAAGGUUUGAUUUUCUGCAGUACACUUGAGACCUUUUUGCCUCUGGAACAAAAAUGCAAUGUCUGCACAUAACCUUACCCACGCCUGGCAUACCAUAUUCUGAAGUCUGUGUUCCAGAGGAAAAAAAUUGAUCAUCUUUGACUUUGGGAACAAAAUGAACCUGUCUGAAGUGCAAUAUUUUUACACUGUCAGAUAAAGUUAAGCAGGGCUGCAGGUGUAAUGUCUUUGCAGGUCUGUUUCACUGAAGUGGUUACAGGGGAUAUUUUUCAGUCAUAGAAAAGCAGGGUUACUAGGGAUAUUAAGAGAUUAUGUAUUCUGUAUUCUUGCUCUAAAGCAGAAUCGGCAGUCUUAUGUUGUUCCUGACAGACUUGUUUUUAAAAAAACCAAAACUUGCACUGAGAGAAAUUUUGUAACUUGCACAGGAUGUCUUUCCCAGUGGGAAAAGACUAGGAAAUAUUUCCUGAUGUCUACCCCAAACAAUUCGUGGCACAAAUGAAACUGAUUGCUUCCCAUCUUCCCUGUCGUGGAUCUGGAGAAAGGAUUGUUCUUUUCAUUUUUCUGAAGCAGUCUUUUACUAUCUGAAGACUAACCCCCUUGUUGGUAUUCUCUGGUUUUGGAUUCCAACCAAAAUACAUAAAAAUUUGCAGAAUUUAUGUAUUUUUGUAAUAAAGGGAAUAACUCUUAUUAAUGCAAGUUUGAUUGUUCCUCAAAAAGUGAUUCCACUUUUAAACUUGGAGUUAAGAAAAUGUUCAUAUUCUAAUCACAACUUUCUACUUUCUACCAAAAAUUCAUAGUAAAAUUGAGACAUUUAUUUUUGCGUGUAUUUUUCUUUUCAUUUUAGUAUGUGAACAGCAGUAUCAAAUUGAGUUUUCCAAUUCAUUAUAUAUGCAGAUUCUGCUAGCUGGCUAUUCUUAAAAAUAAGAAUAUACUUGAUUUUUCUUUAAGUAUACACCCAAUAACUGUUAUUUCACUAAUGAUUGAGAAACUUCCCCAUUUCUGUAUUUUAUUAAUCCCAGUGUAUUUACUACUGCACAGUAAAUUCCUAGUAACUAUGCUCUGUAAUGUGAUUCUCUGCCCUUAACUCCCACCCAAGAAAAAACAGAACAAAAGAAAUAGAUGAAAAAUGUGUCUUCAGUAAAGGAGUAACUGAAAGUUUCUAAUUAAACAGUCAAUAUAAUGUAAAUGCUAUAGUUAGUCUUCUCAGGUGACUGAGAGCACAGCUUUCUUCUAUGAGUUUAUAAAUAACUGAGUCAUUUAAUUGCAUAUAAAUCUGUAACACAGUAGCACACUUAAAGGUGAGGUAAGAGUUUAAAAAUAUUAGCUAAAUAAACAUAAUGGGUCUUUCAAAGCGGAAACCUCAUCCAAAGUCUAUUGUCUUCUCUGGUUUGGAUUUGUGCCUAUUGUAAAUGUGUAACUAAAUGAGUGUGUAAAAUUAUACACAUGUAGGUUUGAAGCUUAGAUACCUGAGACACUGAAUCACUGAUAAAAUACAGCAUGCUUAUUUUAAAAUAUAUUCUAAUGACUGUAGUUAAAGGACGAAAGAUAUUUGUCUCUUCGUCAACAGAGAUGAGCAUAUGCUACCAACUGACUUCUCUAAUUACUUGCCCAUUUAUACAUAUCUGAUUAUAAGCUGUAGGCAGCAAAAAUAAAAUUCUGUAUGUUAUAUUUUCAGGCAAUACUUUUAAUACCUCUUUGGGUAUUUACACGUUCAGUUUAGGAUUAUUUUGGUUUAAUCUGAUUAUUGGAUUGUAGCAAUCAGAUGGGACCACUUCCUCUUCUCCUGAAAUAUGGUGAAAGCAAUUGCUGGUAAAACUUUUAUAAGUUGUGUUUCAUACAGUAAUUCAGUCUACAGAAGAGUUAGAACUGGGACUACAGACUCUCAGGAUGGAGUAUGAAGUAGUCUCUGAUGUGUUGUUUUUGUGGGGAGUGUCUUACAGUUAAUAUUUUAUGGGUGAUUUGGGAUAGAAAUCAAAAUUAACAAAAAGUAAACAUUGAGGUUCCUUAGAAGCUGUUUUCUGAAAGUUUAGUACAAAGUGUCAUGUAGCGGUGUACUUUUUUCAUGGAUAAUGAUACUGACUGCAGAGAGAGUAAAAGAGAACUUUAUCUUCUUCACUUCAGCCCUCCAAAGACAAUAUUAACGCCCUGUGUAUGUUACGCUUUGUCUCUUUUGGGAUCAGCCUUUUUGCACUCCUGCAGAGAACAGGCAUAUCAACAUAAAUUUGCAAUACCCUCUGUAGUGUUUUGAUGCCCCGUGAGGUCCGCAGCAUAAGUACUAUUUACAGAUUGUGUCCUUUUCUGUGCUGCUGUUCCAAACUAGUUUGUUAGAAAGCCCAGUUGAUCAAGAUUCUUAGCUUUGUUCUGGAUUUUUUUUUUUCCAGUUUAUUAACAGUGGAAAUACAAAUGUGUGAGAGUGAUUUGUAAUCGUUCACUUAAGGUACGUCUUAGUAGAGCUGUAGAGAUGUUUUGUCUUCCAAACACUGCAGAAUAAGCGCAUGUCUCCCUGACACAAUGCCUUAUUGAUGCAGUAUUGUUUAGUACAUUAUGUCUAAGUUAAGUGAUUUGUGGUUAACAGUUCAGAUGAAAAGACUAUAGCUUUUUUUUUUAACCUGCUUUAUACUGUACUUGGCCUUAAAUACAACUCUUGAUUUAGUCUUACUGCUCUGUAUAAUCUUCACUUGCUCUUGUCCCCUGGGAAUUUUGAAUAAUGUACUGAAACUUUGAAACUCUGCUAAGCUGAGCAAUUACCUAUCAUGCUAUAACCUCUGCUGAUAAUAGGAAUUAUAAUAUAUACAAGAGCAAGGCUCCUUAAUUUAAGCAAGCAAGGCUAAACUUACAUAGUUAUGUUAUGCCAAAAGGCCAUUCUGAUCUCUCUGGUAAUAGAUGUGUAUUUUUUUAAGGUGAGGAGUAAUAAAGUAGUCUGGUUAUAAGACAAAGCUUCUCUUUGAUUAAGAAUUGUCUACUUAAAUACAAAAAACAUCUUGUUUGUGCAUAUCAUUCAAAGGUUUAGUCUGUUGGUGAAAAAUCAUUGUUUUGUGGUUUUUAAGUCCUAGUUCACCACUUUUUAACAAAAAUUGAAAGAAAAUACAUGUUAAACGAAAGCUGAACAAAGAUUGUUUUAUAUCUGUUCUAAUACACAUGGAUAAGAGCUGUAUUUAGCACCUUACAGACAGAAAAAUGUACAAUAAUCAGAUACUGUUAUGUUUCUAAAACACCUUGCCAACUAAUGUAUAAAAGAAGUAAAUCCAACUUAACUUCGCAAUUAUUUUAUUACUAAUCUUAAUGUUUAAUGUCCUUUGGCUUCUGUAUAUUCUUAUACUGCAUAGUUCAACAAAGAAUGUUUGUAUUUGCACUGGUGGUGCUGUUUAUUUGCUUCUAAACUAUGGAGGUUUGCACAUGUUGCCAUCUGGUACCUAAGUAAAACCAAGGUCAAAAUAAUGGAGGAUGAGGGAUGAAGUAGUAUGUUCCGGUUUUAAGAGCAUGUGGAAACGUUCAUUGUGAUGUAUUGGAACAGAUUAUCACUGCAGAGGAAUAAAUCACAUUUUAUGCUUGUGCUACCAAGUGCUGAAUUUGGCACUGUAUACCCAUUGUGUGUAAAGAACCUUCAGCUGACAUUUAUCAAAACAGUGUCAACAAAAAAGGCUUGAUCUCAAGUUUAAACACAUUAUCCUGGGCAUAUAGCUCUUUUAUACAACCUAGGCUGAGAGGUUGUACAAAGCUGUCGAGGUCUAGGAGAGAAUAAAGGGUCUUUUGAAAUGUAGAUAGCAAAUAUAAAAUAAACUAAUCUUAAUUUCUCACCAGAGAUCAAAUACUACCUUUAAAUGGUAUAAAAUACAGGAGUGAUUAAUAAUUAACUUGUUCUGUUAUCAGUUAUGUCAUUAAAUUCAGUGACAACUAGAUAUACUUCUAGGAUUCUUUUAAAAUCCCAACAUUAAAAACAGGGAGAAAAUUAUCUUUUUACAUGUGUGCAGGGCUUGGUUUUAGUAACAUUUAGAAAAAUAAAUGUUCAAAGUUAUUUUUAAAUGUUCAAAGUUAUUUUUUAAUGUAGCAUGGUUAAACGU